AUGUCGAAAGAGGUACCUGCUGAGCGAACUUCUUGGACUGGGCAAAACUAUAUGGGAAUUCCGAACUACGAGCAUCCUGGGUGUGGAUUACAGACACGAGAAGAGGCAAUAUUCAUUGGGGACUUCAACAUACUGGUGUUUUGGUGGGUUUUGCUUACCAAGUUUUGGAGCACGCACGGAGCGAGAAUGUCCUCAGCAUUGACCGAGGCUAUGCUAUCGGCUCUGGACGUCAAGCUCCUAUUAUCCGAGCGCCAAAGCAUCCGAUUCCAAGCGCAGUCCGGUCGAGGCAAAGCUAUCGGGGCAUCUGGAAGAUGUUGGUUCGGGAAUCAGACUGGUGUAAUCACAGCCAAGCUGGUAUCAGCCAAUCCAAUCAAGGGAAGUCAUACAACCCCAUUUCAUGAAGUGAUGAUAAAUGGCUUACACAAUGCGCCGAAGUUCCGGAUCUGGCUCGGGACAGAUGCAUUGCCAGGCUGCAUACGCACAGACUUGGCCCUGGCAGCUCUCAUGAAAGCUCCUGCAUUCGUUGUUGGAUGCCGCUAUGUCGGCGUAUAUACUAGUGUCGGAGGUACGUUCCCAGCCAUAGAUCCAGACCACGGUCAGAGACAGGGUUGGGCUUGGUACCAACGGCUAUUCAUCUCAAGUCACAUCCGGCCACGGACUAAUCAGCUGGAGUUGAUCUGCCGGGGGUCAACGUUGCGUCUGACGAAGCCUACCCUCCAGAACCGCGACCAAAGAUAUCUCGUCAGGACAUCCUGGUGUAAGAUCUAUGCUGGUGCCUGCGCCAUGGAUCGAGGGUUUAUCCGGCAGGGCGGGCACACCGCAUUUGCCACCCUUGGAAUCGAGUUCCAACCAACAUCAUUGGAUCUUGAAACGGCAGAAAUCACAAAGCGAAAAGGUCAAUGCAAAGUAGACGCAAGUAGCCAGGCAGAUCCGACCAUAGAUCCAGACGCGUCGCUGGUGAAAUUCUGGGGCGGGGCAUCUGGUCGAGCGAGUGUGAUGGAGGGGGAGACUAGAGGAAGUCGUCUGAUCGCUCAGCACGGCGUGAAUGACGCCCUCACCCUCUCACAUUCUUCGGCUCUCUGUGACACCGGCAGCUGCAGAUCGACUGUGCGUAGAGAAUCGGUUGGGUCUGGGCGUCGCCAUCCCCUCCAGACCGAUAGCCAGUCUCCGUUCAGGAUUAAUCCUCCCAUCAGCUUCGGCCAGAGGACCUCGGGCAAGCAUGGACUCACUUGGGGAGGGGACCGUCUCGCUCGGGUUUCAUCGGCUGAACAGGGGUAUCAGGCGAGAGGAACUGCUGUUGAGGAGGCUGGAGGUGAAUAUAAACAACCACGGAGUCCAUGCCAGAGGAGACUAGACGAAUAUCUGGCGGUCGCCGUCUUAUGUCGUACAAACUUCAUCCUUUGUCCGAAUUCAUCUGCUUACUAUUUUUCCGAGUUUACGGAGUACCUCUACAGUACUUCAUCGUUCUUUGACUUUUCUUUUUUGGGGCCUGGCUGA